UGAAAUAAAAAUGUAAAAAAUAAUAAUAAAUGCUAAACCCUGAACUGAAAAAUAUCUAGUUCUGGAAGGCGGUUUUCUUCUGCCUUCACUUACGAAAUCACCCCUCUAAGUCACGCAACGCUCACCCCACCUCACAACUUGUGCAAUAUUUUCCCUUAAACCAUUAGCCGCUCUAUUUUUCAUCUCUAUCCCAAUUUUUUUUCAUAUUCUCCUAAACCAGUUACCGAAUCACAAAACCAACGUGUAGAACGACACAGUUAGUUGAAAGAAUUCACACUCGACUCAAAACCCUAACUAACCGGUGAUCCUCCAAAACUGUUCCCGGCGGUGGUUGAGACGGUUGCAUCCGCGGUGGUUGCCGAAAACUCCGUUGCGUAGCAGUGAAAAUUAAAUCCAUUUGUGACGGUGGUGAUCUCAACGGAACAAUUUCAACCGAACGAUAUGCACUUGAUCUACACACUUUUCUGAUUUUGAUGUUAUUUGAUCUCUCUGAAGUCCUUGAACCUUUGUUGCUGAACCUUCAUGCUCAUUUUUUCUAAAAUAGCUGGAUUAUAUCAUGAGUUAUACACUUACACUGUCUUCAUUCCAGUGUGGGAUUGUGAGUCAGCAAGCUAAAUGGCCAGUGGUAGCCGGAAUCCUCUAGUUGUUGGGCGUGUAAUUGGGGAUGUAUUAGACCCCUUUGAAAGUUCAAUUUCUCUCCAAAUUACCUACGGAAAUAGGAAUGUUACUAAUGGUUGUGAGCUUAAACCUUCCCAAGUUGCCAAUCAACCUCAAGUGAAUAUUGGUGGAAACGACCCCAUGAUCUACUACACCCUGGUGUUAGUAGAUCCUGAUGCACCUAGCCCAAGUUACCCCAGUUUUAGGGAGUACCUUCAUUGGAUGGUGACUGAUAUUCCAGCUUCUACCGGGGCUAGUUUUGGUAAUGAGGUUGUAAGUUAUGAAAAGCCACGACCCAACUUAGGGAUUCAUCGUUACGUGUUUGUGUUAUUACGUCAACGGUGUAGACAAAUAGUCUAUGCUCCGGGAUGGCGACAGAAUUUUAAUACAAGAGAAUUCGUUGAACUUUACAAUCUUGAAUUUCCAGUUGCUGCAGUGUUCUUCAAUUGUCAAAGGGAAGCUGGCUCUGGAGGAAGAACCUUUACAUAAAUUAGCUUUAUUAUAUGAAUUUAUAAUUUUAAUGCAUGCUUAGUUGGUAAAUACUAUAAGAAAAACCCAGAUAAAUGUUAGAGAAAUACAAACACAAAUCAUAUGAAGAUUGAUGCUCUUUUCUUUCUUAGCAGUUUUAUAUUUGAAGGACUCAUAAUUAGAUUUGAGGUAUUGUAAAAUAUAUAUGGUGUAUACCCACUUUACUAGAAAUAAUAAUCUUAACAGUUACUAAUAAUAAAUAAAGUUCACUUGUGUGAUCAAUUCAUCAAUCAAGGCGGAAAUGGCAUUUUUGUUGGUGGAUUUUGUGUUGUGGGCUGCUGAGUGAGUCUAUACAUGCAGGGUUCAUGACGGUUAUGGAAAAAAAGGGUAUAUGAUUCCAGAUUAUACAGAUUACAGAGUAAUACCAGUUCUGAAACGUUGGAAAAUCAAGGCGCGGUAUUUUCGGCUGUGCUUGCUUUGUAUUUGUUGCAUUACAAGAACAACAUCUCAUCUUUUUCUCUGAAACACUGGUGAGUGUGAAGCACUUGAGUUCAAGGUUUUGCUUUUGGCUUGGAGGUUAAUUUGGAACGCAUCUAGGGGAUAAAGUAAAUUUAUCAACUCCUCUGGUGAUGGUAUUACUAUUAUCUUUCAGUUUGUGUAAUGUCUGAAAUUUGGAAUAUUUGUGUGAGUCUGGGUGCUGAUUUUUUGUAGCGGCUUUGGUUCUUUUUUUAGUUUCUUAUUUUUGCCUGCUUCACUGUGUAUGCAAUCUUAACCAGAAAUGAACUAGUGCACUCAAUAACUUAAUGUCUUGUGCUUAGAUGGUCAUUAUACAUUUAUAUUAUUUUGGCUUUUCAAAAAUAAAAUCACUUUUUAAAAAGAGUAAUAUUUUUAGAUAAAGUGUGAAACGUAUAAUAAUUAAAUAAGGGGCAAAUAACUCCAAAUACUUAGUACACUUUUUAGAAAGUGUUUUGCUUACAUGGUAGUAGAGAGAAUGGGAAAAGAUAUUAUAGGUGUUCUAAAUGGCAAAAACAUUCCAGAUAGGAGUGCAAAUUAGGAAUUUACAUGGAGAGAAUUUUAUUUGACAUCUCAAGUAGAAUUUGGGAUUACUCCAAUGGAAUAUGAAUGUGCAGAAACAACAUUAGACACGGUUUAUAAGGUUUCCGAUACAAAAUAGGUGAAGCUUCAAUUUUAAAUUGUUAAUAAAUUAAAAAUCAUAAAAGAUUUCAAAUACAAAUUUCAUUUCAAUACCUUCACUUUUGUGAGGUUCAAUACAUUCAAUCUGAAGUAAAUAAUCCCUCAACAGAACAUUCAU